CUUUGAGGCAUACGUAUCAUGGCGGCGUCCUACGAAGCUGUGAAGGAGACGUUUGAGCGUGCCAAUGCCGAGAAGGAGAUCAACCCAGCUGCGGCUGUGACCAAGUACCGUUCGCUCCUUGAGCUUAAUCCCAAGGACGAUCCGGAGAAGAUUGCUGAGCAGGCGCUGGUUGCGCUGGGCGAGGUGCUCGUGGCUCAGGGCGAUGCCGGAGCCAUUGUGGAGCUGUUUGAAGUGGUCAAGGGCAUGGCAGAGAUGAUGUCCAAGGCGCGGACGGCAAAGAUUGUGCGAAUGAUGCUGACGGUGCUGGGCAAGGUCGACGAGGGCUCUGUGCUCUCUGUCUCUGUCGCAGAGGGUCUCAUCGAGUGGGCCAAGGAGACAGGACGCAAGUUCCUGCGGCAGCGGCUGGAGGCGUCGCUGGCAGGCAUGUACGCAGACGCCGGCGAGUACUCCAAGUCGCUGACGCUUCUGGCGCCGGUGCUCAAGGAGGUGAAGAAGCUGGAGGACAAGCUGCUCCUCGUGGAGCUGCACCUUGUGGAGUCUCGGGUCCACCACGCGCUGCGCAACCUGCCCAAGGCCAAGGCUUCGCUGACGUCUGCGCGGACGUCGUCGACAGCGGUCUUUUGCCCGCCGCUCAUGCAGGCGCAGAUCGAGUCGCAGGCCGGCGUGCUCCAGGCCGAGGAGAAGGACUACAAGACGGCGUACUCGUACUUUUUCGAGGCCUUUGAGGGCUACGCCUCGCUGGCAGCCAUGCCCGAGCUCAACACCGAGCCGCUGGCUGUCGCUUCGCUCAAGUACAUGCUGCUGUGCAAGGUGAUGAUGGACAAGCCACAGGAGGUGACCUCGGUCGUCAACAACAAGGCCGUCCUCAAGUUCUCAGGCGACCACGUGACGGCCAUGCAGGCCAUCGCCGCCGCCGCUAUCGACCGCUCGCUGCACAAGUUCCAGGCCGCCAUCGAUGAGUACCCGUCCCACCUGGCCGAAGACCCAGUCAUUGCCGCACACCUCAAGACCCUCUACGACUCGCUGUUCGAGGCUAACCUCCUCCGCAUCAUCGAGCCGUACACCUCGGUCCAGGUCGCUCACAUCGCACAGACCAUCGCCCUCCCGCUCGACGUUGUCGAGUCCAAGCUCUCCAAGAUGAUCCUCGACGGUAAGCUCUCGGGCGUCCUCGACCAGGACGUCGACGCCCUCAUCGUCUACGACGAGCCCAAGCAGGACAAGGCCCUGGCCGCCUCGCUCGACGUCAUCGACAACAUGUCGCAGGUUGUCGACUCGCUCUUCAACAAGGUCAACAACCUGUCAUAGACUCCUACCAUCCGCUUCACACGCUUUAAGC